CUGAGAGCACAGUCAGUGCACAGCGGAGCGCGCGCCGGAGCAGCUCGUUGACUUGUCCACUUCGCUGCUUUGCGCCACCUCAUCCUCCUCCACAUCUUCAUCCUCCUCCACAUCUCCACCCUCCUCUUCCUCCGCUGCAUCGCCCCGGCCCGUGGCUGCGCUCCUGCUGCAGACAGCCUCCCGCUGCUCGUCACCGUCUCCUUUGCUCCGGAGAGACUGCGGAUUUUUUUGUAUCCCUCAUCUCUUUCCCCCUUCCAGUGGAUAACAGGAGGUGCGCAGUCAGCCGGAGCUGCUCCUGGUUCCCAGAGCCCGGGUUGAUAAAGAGCCUCCGUCCGUGCGUCGCUGCAGCUGCACCGGUCCGACUUGGGGAAGAGCAACAGCCUCCACCGGCGCAUCAGUGAGGUAGAGAAGCCCUACAACAAAGUGCAGCCAUGGAUGAGAUGGACCUGCCCCAGAUGAAGAAGGAGGUGGAGAGCCUCAAGUACCAGCUGGCCUUCAAGAGGGAGAAGUCGUCCAAAACAGUGACCGAUUUGGUAAAGUGGAUAGAGGACGGCGUCCCCGAGGAUCCGUUUUUGAAUCCCGAGCUGAUGAAGAGCAACCCGUGGGUGGAGAAAGGAAAAUGCAUCCUCCUCUAGAAGAGGCCACUCCCCCUGCCAUGACCUCACAUCUUCAACCACGCUGACCAACACACACCCGCAGAUGACCCCUGACCCCGACCCUCUCCGGCCCGCGGAGGCCAUGGCAGGACAGCGCCUCUCACCGUGAAUGUACAACAGCUGACACCCCCCCCCCCACCUCUCCCGAACACACACUGACAGACACACACACAUAGGAUUUCCCCCCUGACUGCCACACAGUCACUGCAACUUUAUUCCUGCCACGGCAACGCAUCACUAUUAUGAUAUGACAACGAUGAUCAAUACUCUUAAUACACGUCUCUCUGUGGACACAUGAAGGUUUAUUUAUGCAGCUGCCAGUCACAAGCUUCCUCUUCUCUUUCAUUCUUUAUUCAGAGCAGUUUUUAUUUUACUGAUGAACUGUAAUAAACUGUAGAGACAGAUUCCCUCCA